AAAGCAGCCAAACAUCAAUUAAUUUUCCAAAUUUGUGAAAAUGAAGCCAAAACCCGAUUCCCCAGAGGCUGUAAUCAAAGCAACUCCGGACGUUAAGAAAAAAGAGGGCACCAAUAAAGACGCCCAGGACAAAACUGACGCAAAAGAUGACAAACCCGACAAGGCGAAGGAUAAAGGAGCUAAGAGCGAACCCAAGGAGACCAAAGUUCGGUGGUUGACACGAGCAAUGGCUGAGGAUUUCACCCGUCAGGAUGUGCUUUUCACCACGUUUAGGGAAGCUGUGCUUUAUAUAAUCUUCGUGGUCGCUGUUACAAUUUGUACUGUAGGGCGACGGUCCGCGUCCAUGUUUUACAUCACACAAGCUCUUAAAGGCCAGUUUUUGGAAAAACAUUUUCAAACUGCUAAUGAAAAAGAUAUUAAUUAUAAAGAAAUCAGAUCGGCGACUGAUUUUUGGCAUUAUACACAGUCUUUAAUGCUGGAGAAUUUCUAUUGGGAACAUUACUACAAUCCGUACAAUCCUGUUUCAAAAGCCAAAGAGGACGACAAAAAGAUUCUUUUUGAAAACAAGUUGUUGGGGGUUCCCCGAAUAAGACAAGUCAAAGUGAAGAAUGAUUCCUGUAUAAUACAUGAGUACUUUCGACGGUUGUUUUUAACAUGUUAUGAUUUGUAUGGGCCUGCUGAUGAAGACCGGGAGCCCUUUGGCCUAGGAACUGGAACAGCGUGGACUUACAACACUGCUGCGAAAACUGAAAGCAUCCCUUUUUCUGGAAAAAUAUCAAAGUAUGAAGGCGGAGGUUUUUAUCAAGAUUUGUCGACAAACAGCGAUGAAACAGGAAAAAUAAUUCGAGACUUGAAAGAAAAUUUGUGGAUAACUCGGGGGACCAGAGCUAUUUUCAUAGAUUUUUCCAUUUACAACGCAAAUUUAAAUUUAUUUUGCGUUUGCAAAUUAAUUUUUGAGUUUCCACCCACCGGUGGUAUACUCCCUUCUCAUUCUUUCCAUGCCGUCCAUUUAAUCCAUUACGUAAACAGCUGGGAUUAUGUUACUUUCGUUUUUGAAUGUACCGUUUAUGCCAUCGCUGGGUUUUUUCUAGCCGAAGAGAUCAGAGAAAUAAUUUAUUUCAAAUUGAGAUAUUUUCUGCAAUUUUGGACUUACAUUGAUGUCAUUAUCAUCGGCAUGGCAUUUGCGAAUCUCAUCACUUCCAUUGUGGUUUUUCCAAAUGUUGAUGACGCGAUUUUGAAAAUACAAAAAAACCCGAAACAGUAUGGAAAUCUUGAGUAUUUGGCCGAAAUGAGGAUUUUAUAUAACAAUUUUGCUGCUUCCCUGCUCUUCUUUUCCUACAUCAAGCUCUUUAAAUACCUCAACUUUAACAAAACAAUGGGACAGCUUAAUAACACUCUGAAACGGUGCGCUUUCGACAUUUUGGGUUUCUCAAUUAUGUUCUUCAUUAUCUUCUUCGCGUUUGCUUUAUUGGGAUAUUUGUUGUUUGGGAGCCAAGUCGAGGACUUUAGCAGUUUUGGAGUGGCGAUGUUCACACUGUUACGCACAAUUUUGGGCGAUUUUGACUACCAAGCUAUCGAAAAAGCGAACAGAGUUCUAGCACCUAUCUAUUUUCUUGCUUACAUUUUCUUCGUGUUCUUUGUGUUACUGAAUAUGUUUUUGGCUAUUAUUAACGACACUUAUGCUGAUGUUAAAACCGAGAUUGCGAUAGCCCCCGAUGAAAUGCAAAUGACUGAAUUUUUGAAGAAAGGAUUCUAUAAAAUGCUGCAGAAAUGUGGGUGCAAUAUAAAAUAUUUCCAACAGCAAAAAGCCGAAUUUAAUGCCACAAUUCAACAAAUCCGCGAUGCACUUAAAAAGUGUGGUUUUAGUGACUUGGAAAUAGAAAUGUUUUUUGCACGUUAUAACAUCGAUCCUUUGGCUGAAGUAGGCGAUUAUGAUAUUAAAAAAAUUAUGAAGGAACUGGAAGGACAAUCUAUGGCUAAGGAAAAAGUGGACGAAGAUACCACUCUUGUGCAUGUCAGCGAUUUUAUAACGCAACAAGAACGGCUUGAUCAAAUUGAGAAAACUAUUCAAAUGCUUGCAACAAAGAUAGAUACCCUAAUUAAGAAAUUGGAAGCACUUGAAAACGUUAGAAAAACCAAAGCGACACAAGGUUGAUUGAUUAUAAUUGUUAAUUAAAUGUUUUAUAUUUUUUUAAAUAUAAAUAAGUUGUGUUAA